AUGGCGCGCACCAUCGACCAGAUACUCGCGUUCCGCCACGGACUCACGGAUGCAGUGACUUCCUUCGAGGUGACCCAACGAACCAAGCUCGUGACGCUGCACCGACACGAUCUGUGGACAUCCGAAGGCCGCGAACUGCGCAACCUCACAUCUGUAGCUCGUCCGUCCCAGCGCUGCAGACUGGUCAUCGACGGCUGCGAGUUCCCGCCUCGCUCACAGCACCCCGGUGACUCCGACUAUUGCGAGAGCCUGGCGACGUUCAACCGCUUGCCUGAAGCUGACUUCUGCACACCGUUGACUGCACCGACUGUAUACAUCGCCCUUGAGUGGCCCAACCUCCGGGACCAACCUUCCGUCAUCAUCCAGUGCCAUUUCAACGCUCUUGCAAAUGACAUUCCUGGCAUUGAUGACUUCGUCGUAGAGCGCAAGACCAAUGCCAAUGGCAACGCAGUGGACGAAGCCGUCUUCAUAGCUGGCGGCGUUGCGGUUGAAGGCUUCAAUCAGCCAGAGCUGCGCCACUCCUCAACACUCAAGCAGUUGCGCCGCCUCCUCGAGGAUGACACCAGAUUGAAGCACAUGCGUCUACAGUUCGGACAGCUACUCUCGGUCCAUUCUCCCUUCCGUGCACUGCUUCCAUACGUCGCACAAGGCAGCAUUUACAGACUCAGCUCACUUACGUCUGGACAGUGGAGUCAGUUGCUCCCUCCGAAGCCUGAGAGAGAUCUUUCCGAGCUCAUCUAUGGUCCCAACCCACUUCCUAUGGUAUCUUACGAGUGCCACGAUACCUAUACCACUGUCAACGAGGCCAUUGUCGAGCUGUAUGAGUCAGCCCGAAUGGCUCACUUGGAACAAGAGGUCGCACUUGAGGAAUGGGCUUCGGUGCCUCACAAUGGCACGCUGUACCGCAUAGGUGGGGCAAUGGUGAUGGCUGUCCGUUUUGCUCCAACUCGACCACUUGGUGGACCUGCUGGGAUUGUCAAGAUCGACUUGCCGGAGCGUCUCAGAGUCAGCAUGACCUGGGACGAUCCUAUGACUGGGGAGGCUCUCUGCGCCUCUGGGUCCAGGACUGUGGUACCCUUGCGGCUACCCAUAGGCUACGAUGCUCUGUUCAUCAUCAGCAACAAGCGGAACAUCGAAGAACAUGAGCGCUUACGAGAAGCUUGUCUCGGUCGCAACGAUACUGAUCGGAGGUUCGCAGCUCAGGUCAAGUUCGUCGCAACUAUACCUCGAGGCACUCUGUACAACCAGCUCAUGACCGCCAUGAACCUCGAGCAAGCACACAGCUGGCAUGAGAUUAUCUUGAACCAGCGACACGAUCAGCUUACGAGGGUUGACCUUGCUACGUCGCGUUUGGGCCCCGCCAUCAUCACCGACCUUAACACUUCACAGCCAGACAGCACCUCGGUCAUGCCAGAUCUCGCCGAGGAAGCGGUCACUGUGGGCGUAGAGCAAGCUCUUGAGUGGAUGCUAAAUUGGCGCAAUUGGAAUCCGGAGCAGCUGCAAGCACUUCACAGCAUUCGACAGGCAGUUGGACGCAUCGUACUCAUUACAGGACCAGCAGGAACAGGAAAGACCUUGAUCCUGCAGGCAAUCUGCGUCUUCUUCUACCUCAUGGAUAUGCAUGUCCUAGUGCUGGCACCGGCAAACAGCAACUGUGCCGACUUCAUGAGGAAACUUGUUCAGCUCUUCCCAAAAGACACCACUGUCUGCGGAAAGGAAGUGCUCGCGACUAGGGUGUUCCCUCCGUCAGCUGACUUCAGUCCCGAAAAAGAGGCAAAGGCACACCACGGUACCUCUCGCCCUGCGUCCAACGAGACCGAUCGCGGUGCAGCCAGCGCAAGACUGGAUGUUCCCGCAUCCAGCGUCCCGGAGCCGUCGCCUGCCACCGACAGUGGCUUUGCCGACGUUUUUGACUUGGAGAUGAUACGCUCAGAGCUGCACUCUAGCAGCGAUAAGUACUCACAGUUCAAGGACUUCGGUCUUGCUCAACAAGUCUUGAACGCCGCACACAAGGGUGAGAAGACCUUGAUCGAACAGCUCGGUAGAGAGCAACCAGUGGACGUUUGGCAGGUCCUCCGACAAUGCCUUGACGAUGCACAAGCUGGAACCUUCGACUGGAACAACAAACUAGCGGUACAAAAGUACCAGCAGAGCUAUGACGCCUGCAAAGCGCACUUCAUGAGCAAGCAGCGUCUUGUCGUGACCACGACCGGUAACGUGCGCUGUGAUGACAUUGUCAACAAUUUCGCAUCGAACAAGCACGGUGUAGAGUGCAAGGGCAUGAUCGUCAUCCUCGACGAGGCCUGCAAGGACAGGGAGAUCGAUAGCUUGUCCGCGAUCCUGCAUCCAGAUUGGCGAGCCAAGAUCACCGGCAUGAUCAUGCUCGGCGACGAACGACAACUGGAGCCCACCAAUACCUGUGCCAAGGGACGAGUCCAGUUCAAUCCAUUCAGUGAGCGACUCAACAUUCCGUUGCUCUCUCGGCUCAAGAGAGAAGGCUUUCCGUGUGUUGAGCUCGUGGAGCAGCACAGAAUGAGUCACCACAUCUCAUCUUGGCCAUCCAAGAACUUCUAUGGUAGUGGUAUGCGCGACGGCGAGGGCACCAAGGGUACCUUGGCUGACAAGCAACCUGGCCUCUUCGCCUGCCUCAAGAGCAUCCUCAUCGGUGCUGGUUCUACAUCCUUCGGCGCCCCCUCGAGCGAAGCAAAGGAGGACAAGUCCAUCCGAACACACUAUCUCGAGCUCCGUGGAACACGCGACAAUUCCAAGAAGAGCGCAUUCGUUCAGGAGCACGUUCACGUUUUCUUCGACCGCAUCUACUGGAAGUUGCGGGCAUACUAUGGCGAGAAGAUGGAGGAGCAGUGUAUGAUCAUUGUUGCAUAUAAGGGAGCGAUGGACAUCUGGCAUGAGGCCAUGGCGCAUCUGCAGCGCAAGUAUAACAUACCGACCGCACAGAUGCCCAGAAUCCUCACCAUCGAUUCCAGUCAAGGCGCUGAGGCAUCUGUCUGCAUGAUUGACUGCUCGGUCCAGGAAUACUCCUCGGAGAGCCGCCGCAAGGACAUCGGUUUCUGUGAUGAUGACAAGAGGAUGAAUGUUGCAAUGACCCGUGCACAAGAAGUCCGCUGGUUCCUGGGCGGUAGUUGCAGCGUGUCGCAACGUGCCCCGGGGCAGGCCGACACCCCGGCCUAUGUGCGCUUCAAGGAAGAGGCUGCUAACAACGAGGUCACUGUGGUGGACAACUGCCUGUUGCCGAGGGACGAUCUGGGCUGGCUGGACAGUCUUCGAAAGCAGGAGAUUCAGCUCGGACUGCGCUUCUCUGACGAGGUGAAGGUUGAGGUUUGA